CAACUCGGCCACCCUCAUCGCCAUCACGGUUGUGGCUUUUCCCUUCCCGAAAUCCCUACCCCGGACUACUCGGAUCUCCCUUGCUUCAGUCGUACACGGUCUUCAGCCUAACACCGUACCCUCGGAGCUGAGACCCCGGGGACUCCCCGCCAAUUCCCCCGCAAUCCCGCACUGGACCCUGGUACAGCAGAACCCAUCAGCAUCAAGUGUCACGAGUUCGUGUUGAGUCUUGCUUGCUGUCACAGUCGCAGCCCUUGCCAGAGUCACUAUCACGGCUCGUACUUGGUGGUUUACUAAAGUACUCACCGGCAAAUGAGCAGCCCGGAUGUUCGAAUGAUGUCCUCUCAGGAUGCGCCAGGCUCAGCCGGACUCGCCCCCGACAACAUCGCCGCUUCGUUACCGUCCAAGAAGAAGUCCAGGCGAGGCGCUGACCCUGCCAACCAAAAGCGAAGAUGCGUGAGCACGGCCUGCAUCGCCUGUCGGAGGAGGAAGUCCAAGUGUGACGGCGCCCUUCCGAGCUGCGCGGCCUGUGCCAGCGUCUACGGUACCGAGUGCAUCUAUGACCCCAACUCGGAUCACCGCCGCAAAGGCGUCUACCGGGAGAAGAACGAUAGCAUGAAAGCCCAGAACGCCACGCUGCAGAUUCUAAUAGAGGCCAUUUUGAACGCUUCCGAGGAAGAUGUGCCCGACAUUGUUAGGAGGAUUCGCACCUGUGACGACCUUGACGCAGUAGCCGAGUCCAUCCUCAGGGAUGAGAAGAACGCGACAGCAACCAACGACAAUGAUUACAGCGAUGAACCCACACAACUUGGCGGAGACGAUGCUACCACCCAGGUCGUUGAGGGCGAGAGGGACUUGGCCCGCAAGAUGGGAGAGCUGCGUAUCGAAAAUGGUUCUGUCCGUUUCAUCGGCGGCACCUCGCAUCUCAUAUAUCUCGGUGAACCGACAGAUGCCCCAGAAGAACCAGAGCUUGAAACUCACCUGUCGACCGGCGAUGAGGAUCCAAUCACCACCUGGACAGAGGUUACCAAGGAUCCUCAGCUAAUAAUUCAUCUCAUCAACAUGUACUUCAACUGGCACUACCCCUACUUCACCACUCUGUCUAGGAGCUUGUUUUAUCGGGAUUUCAUCAAGGGAAAGCCGGUUGGUCAACCACGCUCCACUGUUUACUGUUCGUCGCUGUUGGUCAAUGCCAUGCUCGCUCUUGGCUGUCACUUUACAAGCGUCGACGGUGCCUUUGCGGUGCCUGGGGACAGCAGGACCAAGGGUGACCACUUCUUCGCCGAGGCCAAGAGACUGAUCGUUCAGAACGAUGAGUACGAAAAACCAAGGCUCACUACCGUGCAAGCUUUGGCGCUCAUGUCAGUGCGAGAAGCAGGCUGCGGACGGGAAGCGAAAGGCUGGGUAUACAGCGGUAUGAGCUUCAGAAUGGCCCAAGACAUUGGCCUAAAUCUAGACAUUGGAUCUCUGGAUGAAAAGGAGGUGGAUGCGCGGAGGAUCACCUUUUGGGGUUGCUUUCUGUUUGACAAGUGCUGGUCAAACUAUCUGGGACGGCUACCACAGCUUCCCAAAAACACCUACAACGUUCCGAAGUAUGAUGUGUUUCCAGACGAAGAUGCUGAGCUGUGGUCCCCCUAUACCGAUGCAGGCUUCGACCAGUCUUGCAAGCAGCCAUCCCGGACACGGGCUAUAGGCUUACAACUGUCGAAACUCUGCGAGAUCAGUAGUGAUCUCUUACUAUUCUUCUACCACCCAAGUCAUAUUGGAAGAUCGAGCGGCAAGUCAGCUGAGCUCAAAAAGCUGAGCGAACUUCAUCGGCGUCUGGAAGACUGGAGGACGGAACUGCCAAAGGAAUUCGAACCAAAAGAUGGGCAGUUACCAAAUGUCAUUCUGAUGCACAUGUUUUACCAUCUACAAUACAUCCAUCUCUUCCGACCCUUUCUAAAGUAUACAAAGGAGGCUUCGCCCCUGGAAAAGGUCCAGCCCCGAAGGAUAUGCACAACUAACGCUAAUAGCAUAUCCAAACUCAUGCGACUGUACAAAAAGCUAUACAACCUCCGGCAAAUAUGUAACAUUGCCGUGUACAUGCUACACUCCGCCUGCACAAUACACAUGCUUAACUUGCCAGAAAAGACUGCCAGACGGGAUAUAACCCACGGAGUUAAACAAUUGGAGGAGAUGGCUGAAGACUGGCCUUGUGCGCGGAGAACAUUGGGUGUCAUCAGCGUUCUAGCUCGAAAGUGGAAUGUAGAGCUACCCGAGGAGGCCGCCAUCGUUUUGAAAAGGACAGACGAAAAGUACGGAAUGUUUAGCACUUCCGAGGUCCCCUCGCCCAACAGGACGGCCCCCUCUCUCGCUCCAUCCUCGCCGGCACCUCCUUACUCUCCACAAGCGUCUCUGCUUCUUUCUACAUCAGCCGCCGCAGUACUGGAACAACAACCCUACAGUCCAAUGACGCUAUAUAGCCAUCCGACGCCUCCACAUCUUGCCCCUGAAAGUAUAUCCGAUCCCAGAAUGUCACCCGAUCUCGUCGCCUUCUCCGACCUGCCUGGGGCGUCAGCUCCCAUCAUCCCUCAACAACAGCAAAACAUGCAGACCAUGUCUGGCCUAAGCCAAAACCACAUGCUUCAUCAACACCACCAGCACCACCAGCACCACCUAGAGAGCCAACAUCAACCCCAACAGCCACACCUCAACCACAUGAGCUACCAGCAGCAGCACAACUUGCUCACCCACCCGGUGAGCGCCUCAUCCAUGUCCAUGAGCGACACCCUCGCCACCAUUACCGCAUGGGGUAUGCCGACCUCGUCACCCGGCAGCGGCAACGGCGGCAUGUCCCAACCUCCUCAGAGUCAGCAACAACACUAUCCAACCGUAAACACUGUGAAGCCGACGGCAGCAGCAGCACAAACUUUUAGUCCAGUCCAAUUACACGCAAACAACCUAGCGACGACAACGACCAACCGCAACAACCAUAACCCCAACAACAAGGGCAUCGGAAGACAAGUCAGCCCCAGUUCUAUCUACGCCAUUGAUGGACAGGACUGGUACCUGAAGGACGGAGUUACGUGGCAACAAGGCUUUCAGGGGUGGGAUUUGGAGGGUGUCGGGUCGGUCAGAUCGGGGACAGCAGCAAAAGCAGGCGUCGGCACUACUAGUGGCCCCCCUUCUAUUGCCGUUAGUGGUCCUGGUAGUGAUGCUGGUAGUGCCAUGGCAGGGCUAGGUCGGGGGAAUGUUAGUGGUGGUGGUGGUGCCAGGCAACACCAUCAACAGCAGCAGGCUAAUAUGUUCGCCUUUCAUCACGGGGCUGAAAGAGGAGGGAAUGGUGUUGAAUCGACGGGGAUGGGGAUGACGACGGUAGGGGGAGGAGGAGGGGGGUUCGAUCCGAUGGGGGGAUCGGGGUUGAUGGAUGAUUUGGUGGGUCUAGAGGAAUUGGGAAGUUUGGACAGUUUGGGGCAUUUACCUGGGCUGGAUUGAGUUUGUUUAUCCUCACAGUUUUAGAAUCGAAGGAAUUGGGGAAAUGGGUGAAUAGAUGGGGGUGGAAGAAAGACAUACUAUAUACCCAAGGUGGAGAGUAAAUGUCACUAAGCCGUUACAUACACAUUUUUUUGUUCAGA